AUGUGUUUAAGCUGGUGUAAAGGUUUUAGACGCCAAUGCGGUCAGAUACUCACUGGUGUAAAAUUCGAGCUCAAAAACCUUAUAAUCCAUUUGCAAAUCGAGGAAGGGAAACUGUUAUCAGGUGGUCGGAUUGACACAUACUCCAUCCACAUGAAGGAGCUAGAAAUUUUCGAAUAUUCAACGUACCCUAAAGAUCGGCUUGAAUUGGUAAUUGACGACGAGUUAAUGAGAUUGGAAGAAUCUGUUGACUAUAUAUUCGUUAAACAAGAACGGCGUUAUAUCAACCUGGACAAUGUUUUUUUCCGAGAACCGGGUUAUGUCGUAACUGGAUUGAAGUUGUCUGUAGAUCCCGAAAAUUUUGAGUCAUUACAAUUGGCCGUUCACAUUACACCAUUUGAUUUUGAUUCAGGGUCGCUCACUCCGACUGAUGAUAAGCCUUCAAAGUGGAUAAUUUACAAAUACAUGUCCGAUGAAGACCGGAAAUUCGAAAACCGCCGACUGGUGGCGCUGCAACCACGAAUCCCGCUCGAGGGGGUGUCUCUCUAUUAUCGCGGAAAAGAGAACUCUGCGGGGUUCGUUGGGUUUAGGAUGACUACUCUGGAUAUUCCCGCUUAUUUGGACCCCCAAAUGUCUCAGCAAGAUUUGGAGUUCCUUUGA